GCCCGGCACUCGUGACCUCGCCAGCUCUCAGCUCCCUCGGGCGAUUUCGUGCACGCUAAUGUGCGCCUCUGUGUUUUCCUAAAUGCUAGUUUCUUCAUCAAGCGGCGGAAUAACGCAUCAGGGCAGGUGACCCACGUCACCGGGGUGAUGCACUGGUGCUCGCCGGGGCGAGCGCUGUGCCUGCGGGAGCCGCGCGGCCGGCGCGGUGUCGGGGCGCCUCGUGGGGGCCGAGCCGCGCCCGCACGUCCCUCAGAACUCUCAGUGAGUGUCAGAUCAACACAUGCAUCCACCAUAUCCCGUGUGUAUAAGAACAAUCCAUCACUCCUGACCUAAUCCAGCACAGAACAGAACUUCUGGAAGAGGACCAAAGAAGAGAAAGAGUGGAAGUGUCACAUGCCCAGAGGAAAAUAGAUGCGACAGAGAUGAAUAAAACAAAACAAAACAAAAGGAAGAAAGCCAAGCUAAUCUGGGAGUUCCAUCACGGCUAAGAACGCAUCUUUGUUUUGUCACGCGGUUUCUAGCCCGGCUCAGACCUGGGCUGCGGCACCUCAGGCAUCUCCUUUCAUCUCUCGGCUUUUCUCCUGGCUCCCGGGCACUUCUCGAGACUUUUUGGACCUGGACUGGUCCAUGGCAGAACACCUCUUUCCUGAGUCCUCCCCAUGCACCUGCCCAAAGCGGGGGAUUGGGGUGGCACUCUCCAAGAUGCCAGGCUCCUCAAAUGAAGCCAUCACCCCCUAGGCUGUACUUGGCAUUGUCUCCAAGGAGCCUGGGGAGGUAACCGGUUGGGGACUGAUUCACUUGGGAGGGAGGGAGCGAGUGCAGAUUGCAGAUGCUAUCUAGUUGGGCCAAGUCAACCUGGGGAAGGGCAGGUCUGUGUCUCAACUGGUUUAGGGGUAGGAGAGUGGGAUUGGAACUUUUACACCUUGCAUUCUUAGGACGUCACAAUGGUUUUCCCGAGGCCUCCUUAUCUGAGGGUGUUUACCUAUUCAACCAGCAUACGCAGGUUCAGGACUCCCACUUUGUCCGGGUUCUGUCCUCACAGGAAGAUUAAUGCGAACAACAGGGUCUGACAAACCAAAACUCACAGAUAAGAGACUCGGGUUAUUAGGGCAGAUGCCAGAAGUCAUGGGAUCUUCACGGGGUGGCUGUAGGCUGAGAAAUCUCCCUCGGGAUGUGAGGGGGUGUAUUUCUGCGUUAUUGGUCAUUGAGAAAUUCCCUAAUCUUAGAGAGAAAAGGAGUGGAACCAAGGGCUUGAAUCGGAGUAUACGUAGUUGACCUAAUUAUAAGGUUGUCCAUCCGUCUGUUUAAUAAAUAGUUCCAUGAUGUGGGACGGCAAGGUCACUCAUAGCCCUGAACAUUAACAACCUUUUCCUAAGGUUCUGGAAAAAAAGUGGUAACCAUGUGUUCAACUGCAGGCUUGUUCUGUCUCAGGCCUCAGGCUGACAUGAAUCAGAAAUAGAGGGAAAUGUGGAAGUGGCAUUGCAAAUAUUAGUUCUAAAAACGGACUGGGAAGAGAGUGCCUCUAGACCCAGUCAUGGCCUAGCCAAGCCCCAGAAGAAUGACAUCACCCAUUGUGCCUCGUGGGGAGCCCCUGAGGCUGUCAUGGAUUUGUAGUCCUAUGUGGGACAGCGCUGCUGACGGGGUUAUUUCCUGCACUAGACGUAACCUGUCAGCAAGACACUGUUUACAUGAGCUGAGUGCCAAGUUGCGGCACAUUAUGCACGAUCGCUUUUAAGUUCAAUUAAAUUAACGUUUAGAAACAUUGUAGAUAGAAAAAGCUAAAGAGCAUUUUAGCAAACAAUGAUUACCUAGAGAUGCAAGUGCUUUGAAUUUGAGCUUUAGAGAACUUGUGAAUUUGUAGGAGUUAAGCAGGACAAGUACCCAUCUAAUGAACGUUCAUAAGGGAAGCGCGCGUUUAGGAGGCAUUUCAGGUAGCCCAGCGCAGACCAAGGAGGGAAGGAAACAGAUAAGAUGUCAGAAAACAUCUUCGAAUACCCAGAGUUGUUAUCCCCUCCACGAAACAUUGGAGGGCGAAUUGUUUGGGUCAGUAAAAUAGAAUCAUAAAGUGUGAAGAAGAAACCUGUGGAACAUUCUGGAAGAAUUGGUCAGAGAUGGGCCGGGCGUGGUGGCUCACACCUGUAAUCCUAGCACUUUGGGAGGCCGAGGUGGGUGGAUCACCCGAGGUCAGGAAUUCAAGACCAGACUAGCCAACAUGAUGAAACCCGGUCUCUACUAAAAAUACACAAAAUUAGCCGGGCGUUGUGGUGGGCGCCUGUAAUCCUAGCUACUCAGGAGGCGGAGGCAGGAGAAUUGCUUGAACCCGGGAGACAGGUUGCAGUGAGCUGAGAUUGCGCCACUGCAGUCCAGCCUGGGCAACGAGCGAAACUCCAUCUCAAAAAAAGAAAAAAAAAAAAAAAAGAAUUGGUAAGAGAUGAAUACCCCAUCACAGCCUCUUUGAUUUCAGAGGUGAAACAGUUGAACCCCAGACCUCACUGUCAGAUGUAAAGAGUCACUCCAAAUUUAUAAGCUCAUUAAACUAGUAUUUCUGACCGUUUACACAUUUGGCUGUAGAGAAAAUACACAGAAUGCUUCCAGCCACACCUAUGCCUACUCAAGCCACUUAGCUGACAAGCCACUUAGCUUUUUCUUCUAAUUACUCGGGUGCGCGUCUCUGUUAUUUACAAAGUUUGGUGAAGUCAGGGCAGGGGGAGUUUAUGGUUCGAUACCCUUUCUAGCACAGAGGGGUAAAAUUCAGCCUGUCUUUUGAAAUCAGUCUGAACUGUCAAACUCCCAGUUGAGGACUCCUCUCCCCAAAUCAGGAAUCUUUUUUGUUUUCUCUGGCUAUGGGCCACAGUCAGGGCUUUGGAGUUCAUUUGUAUGCCCUCCCCCCUCCCCAUUAGUGUUAUUGUGUAUAUUUGAGGUACUUAUUCUUCACUGACCAUAGGUGAAUAGGAGCUGUUCACCUAAAAGCUCCCACUCCCCAUUCACUUUUUUUUUUUUUUUUUUUUUGAGAUGGAGUCUUGCUCUGUUGCCCAGGCUGGAGUGCAGUGGUGAGAUCUUGGCUCAACGCAACCUCUGCCUCCCAGGUUCAAGCGAUUCUCGUCUCAGCCUCCUGGGUAGCUGGCAUUACAUGUGCCCACCACCACACCCGGCUAAGUUUUUGUAUUUUUAGCAGAGACGGGAUUUCAUCAUAUUGGUCAGGCUGGUGUCGAACUCCUGACGUCAGCUGAUCCACCUGCCUUGGCCUCCCAAAGUGCUGGGAUCACAGGUGUGAGCCACCGCACCCAGCCCCCAUUCACUUUUGUUUUAGGAAAUGAGAAACCUUCUGCCUUUUUUCUUUCCUUCCUUCCUUGGAUGUUAGUUAAGAUCAGUGAGGUAAUGGUGAUAAAGUACUUUGAAUUACCUCAAGGAGAGUGCAGCCCAACUUGUUAUUAUUUACCUAGGUCAGUUCACAAACCCCCACGAUCUAGGGUUCCUGUCUCCUGCCCUGGGGAUGGUGCUUGGGAGAAAGGAGAUGUCACAGACCCAGUCCCACAGGGCGCUGUUGGCUGGAGUUGGUCAUUCCUGACUUUGACAUCAACAGGCUUAUCUCUAGAAGUAGGCUAAAUGGUAGCUCAGGCGCCGGUGUUGCCUCAUCCCGCAAACUCUCAGGGAGGCUGCCUACUUCCAGCCCCUGUUCUGGGAACUAAUGAUAGGUGGGAUGAAAAGACUGUUUUCUCUGUUGCGCUUUUAUGAGUUGUUUUCAAAGAUGAGGUGGCAAGGACAUGGUUAACCCGCUCCCUUGUGCAGGGAGACGUCAGAAUGACAGGGCACGGGGAAUCUCCCCAACCUGUUCCCAGGAGAGCUCUUGCCGAGGACGGCCCAGCUGUUAGCCAGAAAUCAAGGCAGCCUCAAGCCCUAUAACCCAGAUAUCAGUGGGCUUUUUCGGCUGACGGUGCUGUGGCCUGCGGCAGGCGGCAGUGUGGGUAGAGGAUAGCUGUGGCUGAGGCCGGCAGCUCUUUCCACACGACUUCUUGGGUAAUGGCUCUUCUUAAGCCUGUGAUAUUUAGGGAUUGUCAAACUUCUCUUUCAUCCUGAGCCACCUUCCCUCAUGGGUAGCAGAGGAGUUGGAUUUCUUUUCUUUUCUUUUCUUUUUUCUUUUUCUUUUUCGACAGAGUCUUGCUCUGUCGCCCAGGCUGGAGGGCAGUGGUAUGAUCUCUGCUCACUGCAACCUCCACCUCCCGGGUUCAAGUGAUUCUUCUGCCUCAGCCGCCCGAGUAGCUGGGAUUACAGGCAUGCACCACCACGCCCAGCUAAUUUUUGUAUUUUUAGUAGAGAUGGGGUUUCACCAUGUUGGUCAGGCUGGUCUCGAACUCUUGACCUCAGGUGAUCCACCUGCCUUGGCCUCCCAAAGUGCUGGGAUUACAGGCGUGAGCCACCAAGCACAGUGAAGGAGUUGGAUUUCUUAUGAGAAGAGUAUUAUGGCUGUGUGUCCCAGAGGAGGCACUGUGUCCUCAUGAGGGUCCUUCACUGAAAGGAGAGCCUCGAGGACAAAGGAAUCUUCUAGAGACGACGUUGGGAGGGAGGAGUGGAGUUUGCAGGUGACUCUAGAGGACCCCAAAGUCCAGUGGGAGCUUAUUACCUCCUCGAUAGGAGGAGCCUGUUGUUGUCUGAGUGAGGAAAGGUGGCAGAACCGAGGCUGAGAGAGGCUGCGAAGAUGCAGCAGCAGCGCUGAGGCCUGAGAGGAGGACACGUUCUAUUACUCCAAUUAAUUCUACCCACCGAAAGGGCACAUCACAUUUUUGGGGUUGCCAAAAGCCGUUCUUAGCAGUAAAAAGUCUGUGAACUGCUGCACUGGGGAUUGGCAAAGGCUUGGUAGCCAGCGCAUUGAAGAGGGAGGGACAGCAAGCCUCACACCGGGAGUGGAUCCUUCCUGUGUUUCUGCCACCACAGUUUGCCAGUUUGAUGCCAAGGGACUCUUACUGUUUAUGUGUGCAUGUUUGUGCUGUUAGAUUAUCUUCUGAGCAAUUUCGAGUUUUAAGAAUAUGUUGGUGAAGUCAACAAUGAACAAUUCCAGGAGACUUGGUUCCACCCGGGCCCUGCUCAGGAAAGAUGAGGAGCCCCUCCCAACCCCACCCCUGCCCGUCCACAUGGCCCUUCCUCCCCAUCAUCCACCAUGGGGCCCUCCUGUGCCACAACAUGGCUCUCAUCCUUCUGUCUGGACACUUGCCCUGCCUCCUGGAGAGCCAGGCUCCUGCCCUGGCGGGCAUGUGAGUGUGCAUGUGUAUGAGUGUGCAUGUGUGAGUGUGCGUGUGUGCGAGUGUGUACGUGAGUGCAUGUCUGAACGCGUGUGCGAGUGUGCACGUGAGUGCACGUCUGAACGUGUGUGCGAGUGUGCACGUGUGCGAGUGUACGCGAGUGCACGUGUGCAUGUGUGUGCAAUUGUGCGUGUGUACGUGUGUGCAUGUGAGUGCAUGUGUGUAAUUGUGUGCGUGUGUUCGUGUUUGAGUGUGCAUGUGUGUAUAAUUGUGCACGUAUGUGAGUGUGAGUGUGCGUGUGUGUACAAUUGUGUGCGUGUGUACAAUUGUGUGCGUGUGUGUGAGUGUGCAUGUGUGUGCAUGUGGCACAGAGGGGGAAGAAGAGAGUUCUCUGGUGAUCGCCACCAUUCAGUUGAAGGGUUUAAGCUGAGCCAAGAUGAAGCAAGAGUGACACCAAGUGCCAAGAACAAGUGCUUGCUGUGGUAUCAGGUGUGCUCUCUCCUCAAAUCAGAGGAGCAGAGAGAAGCUCAGUUCCAGUCUGCAGUGUUCACCCCUGUGAGAGGGUGCCGACCCAUCCAGAGGUGGCCAACCCCCUCCAGAGGUGGCUCAGUGCCGGCAUGCCACUCUGCCCAUUUGGACAAGGGGAUGGCCUCUCUGGGAACUGGAUGCGGAACCGAAGCUUUGAAUAGAUUUAAAAAAUAAAAUCCAAGGUAGGAUGUUUUGUUGGCUAGAACAUGAUGCACAGACCCAGAUUGCCAUUCUGGCCCUAUUGCUGUCCUUCAGCCCCAUUCGGAGAAUGACCAGACCCCGAGGCUGCAGUAGGACAAAGAAGAAGACUGACCCAGUUCUCUGUUUCCUGCUGCCAUGCCCGGGCCUCUGCUGCCAGAAGUCUUCCCCAUGAAGCCAUAGGUGGGGAACUAAAAGGCAUAUUCCUGUGGGGUGACCCCGAGAGAGACUGGGCAUGGUUUCCACCGAGACACUGUUGGGGGCAGAGAAUUCUUUGGUUGCCGGAGAGGACCACCUGGUGCAGACCAGACCUGCAGCUGCGGCUUCAGGGGAGGAGCAUGGCCGCCUUGGUGUCUCCAUCUGGCCAGUCCUUGUUCCUACAGUUCCACUCCCAGCCGUGUCCUCAGCUUGUACCCACUUGUUUUUUUCCUUCAUGGAAGCUAAGGAGGGGACUGGGUUUGUUUGUCCAGAUGCCACCAGUUGGAUGACCGUUGCGGGUACAGGAGUGUCUUCACCACGCAGUGCCAGGCCAGGUCCCACCUCACAUCUCUAUUCCUCAUCUGGGAAUGCUGGCAUCAGCAGGUUGAUUCAAAACUUGGAGGUGUUGGGAAACCCCUUGGGCUGGAGAUUUCGAAAUGAGAUUCAGAUGAGAAAAAACAUAGUGGGUGGGGUUCUGAGGCAGGAAGGAGACAGCAAAAGCUCCUGUCCUGACGCUCCGCUCGAUAGCGGGGAUCAACAGAGCGGCCUGGCAUGGAUGGGGGCAGCCACGCUGGCUGAACCCAGGUGCAAGGCUGGCCCUGGACGGCCUCUCCCACCUCUGGACACAGAGCCGCCCCGUGCCUCUCCAUUCACCAGGCGAAACCACACCUGGAGGGGCGUGCUCAGUCUAGGGCAUGUUGGCACCAGCAGGUGUGGAUAAAUCCAAGGGCUCCUUCGGAGGGAGGGCAGGGGAGGAGGGCUGGCAGGAGUAUGGGGAGAAAAGCUGUUUGAAAAGAUUGUAAAAGGCUGUGGGAGAAUUCAGAGGGGGGCGAGUGAUGAAGGGAGGACCACGCAGCUCAGGAGCCACAGCCUGGGUGGCCCGGGCGGCAAGGGCAGCCCCCAUUCUGCUGUUGAGUGGCUGUCUUGCCGUCUGCACUCCCUCGUCAUACAGUCCUCCCUGUGCGUUAGCUCAGGACAGCCUGGCAUCGGUGGCUCCUGGUGGCAGGUGCCUGUGACAUGAAGAGCACAGAGGAAGACGCUGGCUAGAUCCAGAGGCAGAGAGAGGCGGACAUGAGGAGAAGGUGAGGGAAACUGAGGAACAAGGAGAGGAAGAGCAAUUAAAAUGAUUCCUUGAAAGAAAAGGAGGUAAAACAGAAAACGUGGUGAGGGGUAUCCUAGAAGGAGCAGAAAAGGAAGGAAAAAAAAGGGUGAACAUUGUCUUUCAUUUGAAGGACUUGGAGUGGCACAGUCAAGAAGGAGUCUCCAAACACAGUCAGUACUCAGAAAGCUCAUCAUUGGAUUUGUAAAUCCAUUUCAUCUGGGUGGACUGAAGAACGUGGUACCCUCUGAGGAUGUCUGGGCCCAUAUUGUGGGAAAGUCAAGAGUGGCGCCGCAACAAACUAGCUAAUCGGUUAUGAACACGAGGGGCUCAUGAUUCAUGAGCCUGCCCAUCUAUCUCGUGCAGGGUGGAGACCCAUCUAACCGGAACCACCACCCAGCCUCUCCCAGCCUCCUUAGAUGACAAGCUCUGGCAUCCUCGGUCCACCCAACUCAGCCCCCAAGCAUUUCGCCAAAACAUCAGUAAGCAGGUAUAGGUGAAGGAGGUCACAGGUGUCUGCAUUUUGUGCCGUUUUCUCUCCUUCCGAGUGCUCAGCACACGACUAACCAGGGGUUCUCAUCAGGGGCCGUAUAUUCACUCCUCAAAGGGUAGUCAGCAGGUCACCAAACACCUUCCUCUGAACUCAGAAUAAGUUUAUUUUUACUUAAUUUUUUAAAUUAAAAUAAAUUUUUUUAGGCCGGGUGCAGUGGCUCACGCCUGUAAUCCCAGCACUUUCAGAGGCUGAGGUGGGCGGAUCACAAGGUCAGGAGUUCAAGACCAGCCUGGCCAAUAUGGUGAAACCCCAUCUCUAAAAAAUACAAAAAAAAUUACCCGGGCGUGGUUGCGCAUGCCUGUAAUCCCAGCUACUAGGGAGGCUGA